AUUUCAUAUCGAACUUGGCCGCUAACAUGAAUUGGUCGUGUGGCUGGAAAUAUGAAAAAUAAACAUGGCUGCCGACUACAAUUCACCUGGUACUCCAAGUAGACACGAGAAAUCACUGGGUUUAUUAACUGCGAAAUUUGUUGCAUUACUGCAGGAAGCUAAAGAUGGAGUACUUGAUUUAAAAGUGGCUGCUGACCAGCUAGCUGUUCGACAAAAGCGAAGAAUAUAUGAUAUUACCAAUGUCUUGGAAGGUAUAGGUUUGAUUGAAAAAAAAUCGAAAAAUAGUAUACAAUGGAAGGGUGCAGGUCCUGGUUGUAACACGCAAGAAAUAUCAGAAAAGUUAAACGACCUAAAAAGUGAAAUAGAACAUUUAGACUCAGUAGAGCGUAUACUUGACGAACAAAAAUUGUGGGUUCAACAAAGUCUGAAGAAUGUUUCUGAAGAUCCUGAAAAUGAGCAGCAUGCCUACAUAUCGCAUGAUGAUGUUUGUGGUUGCUACAAAGGAGAGACGUUGUUAGCCAUACAAGCUCCGUCUGGGACCCAACUCGAAGUACCGCCACCAGAAUUGCAAGUUGGACAGAAACCAAAAUACCAAAUACAUUUGAACAGUCAAAAUGGACCUAUAUGUGUCUUGUUAGUAAAUCAUGAUGCAAAAUCAGACGCACCGGUAGUUAUGUCAGUGCCUCCACCUGAUAACGAUGAGGAGAGCUUAAAAUCUAAUAGUAGUAUAGAUGUGAAAACAAAACAUCUAUGUACAGAUAUAAAAAUGGAAGAUAAAAGUGAGAAUCCAACAAAUCCGAUGCCAGAACAGCAGCUAAAAGGUGACCACCGAUUUAGAAGCAGGGUACCAAAGAAAUCACAGAUUCAGCAGGAUCCUCUGUUAACAUCUGACAGCAAUGACCCAUCCCUGCUAGAUUCCAGGCGAAUAUCAGACGAAUUAGAAGAAAUGAACUUAGACAAUUUUUACAAAGAAAACGAAAUUUUCACGCCGUUAUUAAGACUGUCGCCACCGCCAGGUGAUCAAGACUAUUAUUUUAAUCUCGAUGACUCCGAAGGAGUUUGCGAUUUAUUCGAUGUACCGCCACUAAAAGUGUAAAUGUUUGUUACCGGGCAUGGGCACCAAGUUGGACGUGACAGAGUUAGUUUGCAGUUCAAGGGAUUAUUCCUUUCAGAAAAUAUAAACACGGUUUGCACACGACAAUGAAUUGCGAUACCCAGCGUUGUUACUCGAUAUUUUCACGUUAUUUAUACUCUUCGUACCAGUCUCGUGCCUGUGCUACAUCGAUAAAUCGGUUGGGGCGGCUCAACUUACCUUCACGGUUACUGCUGUUCGCUUUUUUUGUAUUUAUAAUCCCUAGGGAUGCCUUUGAGCUUUCGCUUUACCCUACUGAUUGGGAUUUUUUUGAUCGGGUCAUGUUUUGACGACCUAAAUUUAUUCCGUAACAUACGUCGAAAUGAAGCCUGUGUGAUUCUGCUAAGUUAUUUAUCUAUUUUAAGAUUUUUUUUUGUUUCUAAAUUUUUCUUAGUGUCUUUGAUUAACUUCCCUUCAAUGAGGAUUUAGGUUUUAUUAAUUAGGGGUCGUCCAUUUCAGUAAUAUAAUUUUGUUUUUGUUUGGAUAUAGUACUGACCACGAAAAUUUUAACUGCGCUUAUGUACUACAUUGAAACACCCUCAUUACCCCAACCUCCGCCCUGUCUUCCGCACGUUUUAGGUUAAUUACUUCUCAUCAAGUUAACAAAAUCCGCAACCAUUGUUCCACGCAACGAUUCUUAUCCAUCGUGAUUCUCGUUAUGUUUUCCAGUAUGUUUUUUAAAUAUAUCCUCUGCAAAGGAGGGUUACGUGGACUUGUGUAAACGCUUCACGAAAUUUUUGCUUAUUUAUUCGAACGUUUUGAUUUGUAUGUAGGACAAGAAAUAACUUUAUGAAAUGAUGAAGAUGUUAAUAAUAUCUUAUAUUACUAAUUUUUGUAUUUUUAUUUUCAUGUGUGUGAUUCCAGGCUUUCACAACAACACGUUACUAAAAGUUAGCCUUGUUUUCAGGGUUUUCGUCCUGUAUGGUUAUAUAUGUCACAUAUGAACGAUGUUCUCUAAAGGGAUAUCCCCUUUUAUGCCUUCAUUUGUUUUUGUUUUCAUUUAUUUUAAAUAGAAAUUAUUUGAAUUGCCCGUGCAGGUUUCAGACAGACACGCAGAAACCCGGUUAAUAUUAAAAAAAUUGUGUUUUUUUAAAAAAAACACAGACAGAUUGGUAAAAUAAACAAAUACUAUAUCAACUUCUUUAAACGCCUUUUAGUAAAUCAGAGUUUUGAAUCAAUUAUGUUCCAUUAUAGCUCAUGAGCUAGAAAGAUACUGCUUCUCCUUUUGUCUGGAUAAAAUAUUUGUCAACUAAGACAAUACUACUAACGAAAAAUAAACUUGAAAAUCUUUAGAGCUUUCUUGACAUGCAAUAUUUCUGGAAAAGAAGGAUGAAUCUUCCUCCUAAGUUAAACUAUUUUUUUUUGAUUUUGCUUUUCUCCUUUUUGAUAGAUAUAGUAUUUAUUCUACCGCCUCUUUAAUACUUUCGCCAACCUUGUUCUAAAGUCUUUCUCCCUAUAGCCUCACUGAGAUCCAGGAAACAAAUCUGGGGACGAAGAGGCUUAGCAUACAUUUAGGUUUGCGAAUAUCUCUAAGAAAAAGGACGUCCUGGGAACGAGGUUGAUUUAUUUCGAUGUAAUACGAAGAAGUAAUUUAUCUUGAAGGUCUUUUAUUUGUCUAUCUUGUUAGAGUACGUCUCAUUGUAUGCGUCAAAGAAUUUCAUGUUUACCAUUUUAGUUUGAGCCUACAUAAGGGUUUGUUGUAGCUAUGGAAACGGAUUAAAAAAAAGUGAAAAAUCUUUACCCGGGAUGUGAUUUUCUAGACUAAUAAAACAUUUUUUCCUUUACCAAAUAUAAAUAUAACUUUAUUUUUGUUCGUGUAACACAUCGUAUAAAAAUUAUGUUGAAACUAGCAGUGGCAGCCAUUUUGUUGGUAUGUUCUUUGUCUGUGGUGUCAUGUGGAGUGCUGGGUGACAUCAUGUUCAAUGGGUUUACCAAUCCCCUCCUCAGUAAGUGUAUCUCGGAAUAUCAUGUUUGCCUUCAAAGUGGAACACUGAUGUCAGUUUGUCAGGAAAAAUUCGGACAAUGCUGCAAAGUAUUGUAGCGAAAGAAAAAUAUACAUCAUGAAGUAAAA